AUCCGUCAGGUGGUGGAGCCUCACUGCUGCUAGAUACACACGAGGCAAAACAAACCACAACAGCGUUGUUUUAGCUACAACUUACUUUUAUAUUUAAUUUUCGGCGUUUGUUUUAUGUAAAUAAUUGUGAGACAGAAACAGACACGGUUUGAAUGUACAGUUAGAGGCAACAGUGAACGCUCUCUGACUGAGUUUGCUAAGUAAACGCAUCAGAAGCGCACGUGGGGCAGAUGCUGCUAGUCCCCGUCAGUGAGCAGCAGAGCCGAGUGUAGCUCGAGACAGAAACACAGGAAGGAGUGAGAAACGGAUGUGUGACAAUGACCCGCGCUGUAAACGCUGCUGCACACGGUCGGUUUGAUCUCCUCGCCUUUAACUCGAUAUUUUAGCGACUCAUGAGAGCCCCUAACUAGCUCUGUUUGGAUUAUUCUGCGCUUUCUCUGGAUUGUGAUUUAUUCUACAGUGAGUUGAGAAGUUUGAGACAACAUGGGGACCCAGGGCGCAGGACGGAAAAGGUCCACCAAGAAGGACAAGUCGACGGCGGAGGACGAUGCCCUGAACCUCAUUGCGAGAGAGGCCGAGGCCAGACUGGCAGCGAAGAGGGCCGCCCGGGCAGAGGCCAGAGACAUCCGCAUGAAGGAGCUGGAGAGACAACAGAAAGAGAUCUUUCAGGUGCAGAAGAAAUAUUAUGGCUUGAACACCAAAGUAGACGACCGAUCGGACAGCAAAUGGGGAGAUAUUGAGCAAUGGAUGGAUUCUGUUGAAAUGAACAAAAACCAGGAGGACAGUGAGAGAUACUCACGUUCUUCACGAAUACAAACGCUGUCGGACGACGAUGAGCGGAUGUCAGUGGGGAGCCGGAGCAGUGUCAGGUCGGAUCUUGAUUCUGUUGGGGCUUAUGGUGGAGGGGACUCCUCCUCAAUAAAGAAGUCAAAGAAAAAGAAGAAACAUAAGCACAAAGACAGGAACGGCCAUGAUGAUGAGUACAGUGUCAUGUCCAGCCGGAGCUCCAGACAGAGUGAUGAGAGCAGAGUGUCCCGUUCCUCCAGGCUGGACCUCACGAGCUCCAGACUGAGUGAUGACCCCCGGGGAUCUCGGGGCUCCAGAUUAGACCUGCAGCCGACCUCUUACGCUUCCUCUGACCUGUACAGCUACAAUGGCCUGUCCUCUGCCAGAAACCCCGGCUCAACUUUCAAUGGUUACCAGAGCUCCCUGUAUGAAGACAGCGGCUUGCAGCGAGGCAGCAGCUCCCUCUCACUUCCUGUAGAGUACAGUAGUUAUCGCACCUCCGGUUCCAGGGUCUCCUCCAGGGCCGGGUCAGCCCGCGGCAGCCCAGUGGACAACUGCGGCUCUGUGGCCAGUUUCCUGAGGAGCGCAGCCGGCAGCAGCGGCCUCCACCUGGACGAUGUUACUAUUCCGGACUUUUCUGAUGUGAGUGGCUUUGCCCCCGCAGGAGGCCGCCACCGUGAUGUGGAGGACAGAGAUUAUCUUGAGAAGGGAUCUCGAGCAGCUUCUUCCAUGACAGCAGCGACCCUCACCUCGUUAGGCGGGAGUUCCUCUCGGAGAGGAAGUGGGGAAACGGCUAUAACUGUAGAUGCAGAGACCUCUAUACGAGAAAUUAAGGAGAUCCAUGAACUGAAGGAUCAGAUUCAAGAUGUGGAAAGCAAGUACAUGCAGAACCUCAAAGAAGUCAAGGAUGCAUUAGUACAAGUGGAGGAGAAGUACCGUAAGGCCAUGGUGUCCAACGCUCAGCUGGACAAUGAGAAGAACAACCUGAUGUACCAGGUGGACACGCUUAAGGACUCGCUCAUGGAGCUGGAGGAGCUGCUGUCCGAGUCCCGCCGCGGGUUCGAGGACAAAGUCAAGGAAUGUGAGCGAGAGAAACAUGCCCACACUGUGCUCCAGUUCCAGUUCAAUGAAAUGAAAGAGACGCUCAAACAAAGUGAAGAGCUGCUCAAUGACAUCCGUCAGCUGCAUAUCAAAAUGGAAGGUUUGAAUAGAGAAAUAUGUGACCUGCAGGAGACGGUGGAGUGGAAGGAUAAGAAGAUUGGGGCCUUAGAGCGACAGAAAGAAUACACAGAUGCAAUUCGAGUGGAGCGGGAUGAGCUCAGAGAGGAGGUGGUGAACCUGAAAGACAUUCUGAAGAAACAUGGAAUAGUAUUGGGACCUGAUCUAAGCAUCAAUGGAGAGGAUGGUGUGGCAGACGCUGACAGCACCCUCAGUGCAGACCCUGCUUCCCCCCUGGCUCAGGAGGCACAGACCCCCCCAACAGAGGGGAACAGCAUGCUCGGCAACACAGAGGAGACUCAGUUGAGAAGUAGCGAGGAGGAAGAGGUGGAUCCAGAGCAGCAACAAGAACAUUUUGAGGAAGCCAAAGAGAAUCUCUUGAGCUCUGAUGCACUCUGUGAUGUUUCUGGGGUGUGCACUGUGGAAACAUCUACGGAUACAGAAGAACAACGGGAUGCCACAGAAGUAGACGGUGUUGAAGAACCUGGCCUAAGGAAGGACUUAAAUGUUGACAUUAAAGACCAGUCGGUCACAGAGUCAAAAGAUAUAAUCAUUUGUAGCCCUGAACUUCAGGGCAUUGUCACUAGUUCUGAGGAAAGUGUUCUAGAAACAGUAAGGCCUGAGGGCAAAGAGUUAGGAGGGACCAAUAACCUAGAUUCAGGGGAGCCAGGAACCAACAUCAACAGUGUAGACAUUAGAGAGUCAGGCAACAACUUUUUGAAAGAGCAAGAAAACAAACAGGAAGAUGUUGAGGAACAUCAUCUGAGAAAUACAGAAUCACGUCCAGAGCAAAAGGUGGUACAACCUGUUGAGAGCUUACCUGAGGAGUCCGUACCAGCUGAGUCUAACACAGACGCUCCACCAGAGCCUGAGAAUCCAGAAGAGGCAGAGAACAUGGAGACUGAGGAACUAUCGGGUAACUCUCAGCCUCAGGGUGCUGCUGCUCCAGGGAAAAAGAAGAAAAAGAAGAGGAAAGGUAAAAAGAAUCGGGGAACUCAAGAGGAUAGGAACCAACAAAGAGACGGAGCAGAUAGAGAAAAGGGCAAAACAGAGGUGAAGAUUGAACCGGAUACAAAAGAUAAUGAGCUAAAAGCAGAACCUGAAGUUCUCGCUUCUGGCACUGAAGAACCUGGGAUGGACCAAGUUAAGAAUGAGCAGGACGGGCAAAAAGAUGGAGUAGAAGAACAGGAACCUCAUAAAACUGGAAGAGAAUCAAGAAGGGAUCAUGUUGCAGAUGAGUGUGACAAGGAACAAACUUUAGAAAAGGAAAACGUAGAAGAAGCAGAAGCAGCCACUGAAACAUUUUCUCACGUCACAACCCCUGCAGAAGUGGGGGUGGAUCACGUUACAGAGGAACAGAACAAGGAACAAUGCUUGGGAACCGUCAAAGCAGGAGAGUUAGUGGCACCCGCUGAAACCCACGUUGAAACUCUCAAGGAAUCCAGAACAGUGCCCAUCCCCAAGGACGAGCAGGACCAGAAACAACCUUUAGAAACACAAAGAGUAGAAGAAGUGGGAUCUUUAACAAAUCCUGUCCCAGAGACCAUACUCAGUACUGAGAGUCCCGAUGAUCUUAACGGUGAGUGCACUUCCUGCGUAGAUAACUCUAAAAGUGGCAUCUCAACUAAUGACUGUGUCAUCCAGGCUGAGGCAGAAGUUGUUCAUAGUGAGGAGAAUGAGGUGAGGUCUAUUGACGAGAUGAAAUCAGAAUACACACCUGAUAUCCCGGAAAACCCUGAAACUGGAUCACACAAUCCAAUCAAUGGGGACAUGGCUGCUGAUGAAUCUGAACCUACGAGCAGAGCUGAGAGUAAGGAUAAACCAUCUGUGCCCCCACCUUCUACCGACAGUGUUACUGACACUAUCAAGAGCUCAGAGCCGUCUGCAGGCGGGGAGAGUCCCUUCAAGGUCUCUGAUGGAGGUCCAGAAGAGGUUACUGAGACAAUAAAAGAUGAUGAGGAACCAGAAAUAGCAACUGAACAAGACAAACCACAAGAAUAUCCCAGUGUCCUGUUGCCCAGCCAUGAGGAGGCAGAGCUAACAGCAGACAGAGCAGAGGAGGACUUCAACAGAGGUUUGAGGGAGCCUGAAGGUUUAGUCCAAACAGACCCAUUAGAUGACCAGGAUAAAGAGACUCCAUCAUUUGUAACAAACAUGGAUGCAAUCGACACUGUUCAGAGUGUGUUGGAGACUGUAGUGCGAGCAGAGCCACUGGAUAAUGUAGAGACGGCACAGUGUGAGGGUCACGUUGAUGAAUCCAGUGCUGACAUAACCCCUGAAUUAGAGAUCAAUACCACUGAGACGAUAACUACACCAGAUGUUCCAAAAGAAGCUCAUGAACAUGGGUCCACCAUGGCAGAAGAUCCAGAACAUAAUAACAAUCCAAAUGAUCAGCAAGGAGAGACACAGCCACUGCAUGAACCCAUGGACGAGCUUCCAUCCCAGCCAACACUGCAGGAGUGCAAUGAAGAGGACGGUGAAAAUAAUGAAGGUCCUUCUUUUGAUUUUGAUGACAUGGAUAUGGAGCCGGCUGAAGUGGAAAGUCUCCCUAGGAAUCCCCAACAGGAAGAAGUGGAGGAGGGAGUUGAAGUGGUCCCAGAUGAAAGCGGCAGCUCAGGCGUCGAGACUCUGUCCCAAAACAGUUCGGCUCAGGAUGGCACUUUGGGAAACGGGGGGCAGUUGUUGGAAAAGGAGGAAGCAGGUUUAGCAAAUGAGACCGGGGGCAUUGUAGAGGAAGCAAAGUUUCCAAGUGUUGGAGAGGCAGGGGGUGCUCCAGAGGACAUUAACCAGGCGCUGUCCCUGCCUGUAGAGGAGGGGUUAGAAGCCAUUAAGCAGGAACACGUGGAUCUACCAAAGAGUGCAGAGCAAGUGGGCGGCAGUAAAGAGCCGCAGCAGGGGGGGAAGGAUGUGAGGAAGAACAGCAAGAAAGGCAAAGGCAAGGGCAAAGAGGAGUGUAAGAUGUCUUAGCUUCUAGAUGGUACGUGUGAUUCAAAUGGACCCUAGUCUCUGCUUAGCUGUUUACAGAGUACAUAUUUUCAGAACAAUGCUGCACUUUGUUUCUUUUCCAAAUACAUGUAAAUUGUAAGUUUUCUUUUAAAUGAGAUUUCUUUCAACAGUCCAGAGUUUUCUUUGAGGUGUGUAAAUGAGUGUGUGGAGAGGUGAGAAUGUUAACUGCUUUGUAACGGUAGAUCUGACUAUCGGUUAAUACUGCACUCGAUACACCAGGUAACAUUAUUUAGUUAUUAUCCUUUAUCAUGCUGCUUGUUAUGUUUAAUGGUUAAUUUUGCUGUGCAUGUUUAUCACUUAUCAUGUUCCAGAAAACUCAUGGAUGUCUUCAUUCCAGAGGUGAACAAUGAAAACCCAGAUGUUACCUGGUAGUUCUGGUGAAGCAGCUUUUAGAGGGUCACGCUGCGGUGGUGUUUCCCUGUUCUGAGGGAUUAAUACAACCGUUGUUCGACUGGAAGAAAGCUGCUUCCAUCUACAGGAACGAAUCAUCAUGAAUGUGUUUGUGUAUAUUGUGUUGCACUAAAUGGAGAAGAUGAAUGCCCACACUGAUAUGCCAAUAAAUCCCCUGCUGUUACCAAUUUAAAA